CAUGGUACCGUCAUCCGUGGAACAAAUAGCAGAAGAAAGGCUUACGGAUGAAUAGAGAGUCGUUGGUUUACUUGGUGCAGAUGCAGGGGGAAGGAGGCGGGGAAGAGUGAGAUCGGUGAAUGAGGGAAAGAUAUGAGAGCCUGGGGAAGGUUGGGCCUGCUUAAUAUACGGGUUAGGGUUGCGCACUCGGCGACUUUUUUGUACCUUUUCAGAGACUCUUGCCCAAAAUUCCGACAUUUUUCUCAAGCUAUCACCUUUGGUGCUCCAAACUACCAAGCUAUUCACCAUCCGGUUCUUAAGCUAUAUCUUCAUGCGAAGGCGCUGCUAUUGUACAAAGCUGUUAGUGACUGCUCCAGAAGGUUGUGGGUCUUGGAUUAUGGAUGGAGAGUCGAUUGGGGAGAUCGAUCGGUUCACCUACGACCUCGAGAGACAACGAACUUCCAUUAUAAGCUUCCCCAACCCGCUCUCGGCUCAACAGCGACUACUGGUUCGCGUAGUAUUUCCUCACAUCAUAGAUGCUAGCCUCUGCAAUGCAAUUACAAUCGACCAAAUCUUCAUUCAUUCCACUGUGGUAU